AAGUGAAUUUUUAAAUGCAUUUUCUGUUUGUGACAUCAUUGUGUAAAAGAAGUGUUAGUGUCUAUUGCUCUUUCAUAUAAUUGUUGUUUAAGUUAUAAAAAAAAAUGCAGCCGAAUAUAAAUAAUAUUCAGUACCAUCAGCAGAUGCAGUUAUUACAACAGCAACGUUUAGCAAGGAUGAUGCAACAAAAUCAACCGAAUUAUCAACAAUGGGAUAAUGGCGUAAAUUUUAACAGACAAUACUUAAUGAAUAACCAACAGAAGGACAUCAUGAGGCCACAAGUUAUGUCUCAACAGCCUGUCACAUUACCGCAAAGAUUACCAUUUCAACAACCACCUCAAAUACCAUUAUCGCAGCAGCAAUUGAAACCACAGCCUCAACUACAAACGCAACCCAUUAUACCUCCUGUCGUUCCAAUAGAUAAUAAUCGACGACCACCACUUACAGAAGCAAAGUCGAUAAUUGCAAAAACAAUUGUUCAAAAAAAAAAUUUAGAACAAUAUAUACAUAGAGAUGAAAUGUAUCAAAAUGCAUUAAAUGUACAACACAAACGUCAUGUUGAAACUGCUCAAUCAAAGAAACAACUUAUUGAAUCAGCUAGUUUAGAAAGAAAGGCACGUAUGCAACAAGGACCUACUGUAAUUUUUGGUCCAGGUUAUAGAGGUUGUGGUAAUGAAGAAACUGGCACAAUUACUAAAUUACGUUUUCCUGGAGACAGAAGAAAAUAUCGCGUCGGAAAAAGAGAACCUUUUAGAUUCUCUCAUAAUGACAUUUAUGAACAAGCAUCUAAAGAGGAAGUUUUAGUUCCAAUUCGAAUUGAAUUAGAACAUGAAGGAUACAAAUUAAGAGAUACAUUUACUUGGAAUCUUAACGAAUCACUGAUUACACCAGAACAAUUUGCUGAGAUAAUGUGUGAGGAUUUAAGGCUUCCAGUCAAUAUUUUUAGUGAACAGAUUGCAAAAGUCAUUAAAGAACAAAUUGAAGAUUAUAAUUUAAACGCUUCAAAUAUAUUAAAAGACGAGUUUGAAGAAGCCAUGGAAAAUAAAAUAAACAAUGAUGAUAAGCAGAUCGAAUUACGAACAGUGAUUAAAUUAGAUAUUACAGUGGGCAACUGGCAAUUAAUAGAUCAAUUCGAAUGGGACAUCAGCUAUCCUCGUAAUUCACCAGAAGAAUUUGCGGAAAAAUUGGUAAUAGAUCUUGGUUUAGGCAGUGAAUUUAAGACUGCUAUAGCCCAUUCGAUUAGAGAACAAAUUCAUGUUUAUAUCAAGUCAUUAUUACUUGUUGGUUAUAAAUUCAAUAAGUCGUCUGUUAUUGACGAUGAACUUAAACAUAGCUUUUUACCUCAACUCAAAUCUAUUUAUCGUGAUUAUUCGUCAAUUGAAAAGUUUACCCCUUCUAUGAUUGAAUUAUCAGAUGCAGUUAUUGAUAAGAUGGAUAAAGAUCUUAUGAGAGAAUCAAGACGUAAACGAAGAGGCACAAGAGCUCGAAGAGGGAUUGUUUUACCAGAUAGGGAGCCACAAAAGACUCAUCGAACAGGUUUUGCUAUUCCACCUGACCAUCAACUAACAGAUGAACAGUUUAUAAUGAAUUCAACAGGAGAAAAUAUACAAUUACAUUCAAGUAAAAGAAGUGCAGCAUUGAAAGCACGUAUGAACAUAGCAGCUGAAGCGGCACAUAUCGAAGAUGACUUUGAAGAAAAACCAAAGCAUAAUAUACCACAGACAAUGUUGUUUAAUUUUAAUCCACCCUCUUCUUCUAUGAAUGCUUAUAUUUCUUCAGCAUCAAUGCUUAGAAAAUAAACUUGACUAUUGAGGCUUUCAUGAUACGUCCAUUUUUUUUUUUUUUUUUUUU